GCACUCAUCAGGAUAAAUGUGAGGAAGAAUGCUGGUCCAUUAUUAUUUAGCACUGCUUUAUCUGUGGAUGACCAAAGAAACUUUGUGUUAUACGGACACCAAGGUGCACUUUGAGUUCAACAAUGUCACAUUGGGGAAAUCUCAUGCACUGAAAUGCUAUUACAACUGCUCUGUUGCAUUUGUUCGGGGCUGUUGGAGCAAAACGUCUGAUAACUCAGUCUGCCUCGGGGAAAUAAACCACAAAUCCUGCAGAGUAACUCUUCAUCUGCCCGUUGUUUCAUCUGAAGAUCUCAAGUACAACUACACUUGUUAUACAAAAAUAACAGAUGACCCACAGCUUCGCCAAAAAACUCAGCUUGUUGUAUCGCUAUAUGUUAAAGGUGACAGAAGUGCCCAAACAUGGACAGUUGCCCCAAGUAAUAUUCCUGCUAAGCCAAGGGAUCCAAAUGGAGCUUGGAAGUUCACAGAAAUUCGAGUUUUGGCAACUUUCUCCAUCGCUGUGGUCACGGCAUUGAUUGCACUGAUAGUUUAUCUACGUGUUAACCGUAACCGAUGCAGCAGGAAUGGAGAUCAUGAUGAUGAUGAACAUGUUGAUGAUGGUUCCAGAUCAGGAUCACUCCUGCAUUCCAGAGAUGUGUUGACAACCGUGAAUGUGUCAUCGUCAUUCCAAAGUGAACAACCGACUUUAAGGAUUGCUUCGCCAGACAAUGAGAGUCUAAAUGAGGUUCCAUAUGCUGAAAUCGUGAUUUCAGUCAGAGGUGUGAGUACACCAGAACUCACUCAAGUCAACUUGACAACAGAAGACUCACAGCAAUGGCGAGGCUGUGAAUCGAUGGGUCACAUGCUGGCCUCUCGCUCGAUUGAUAGGCUUCACCUCCCGCAGCCGAGAGAGGUCAGCCGCAAGAUGAGCACCAACUCCGAGUAUGCAGUCAUCACGUACGCCUGACUUGAGAAGACAUGAGCAGACAGCAGCUGUGGUCUAAUAAAAGGGGAUGGAAAAACAUUUUUCUGUGUAUUUUUUUCUGACUGUUCAACGAAUGGGCAGACAGAGACACUGAUUAAUUGAUUGAUUUAAUCGAUCGAUCUCUAGUUGUUUUCAGUUCAUCACUAAAAUGUAUCGGCGAUCUACAAAAUUUUGGAAAA